AACAAAUUAGGAGGAGAAGGAGUAAGCACCUGUUUAAGGUGGGGACUUAAUUACCCAACCCAUUUCUCAAGAGAAAACUAAGAGAACACCUGACGUACACAGAAAAACCAUCAUGAAAUCUGGACAGCUCAAAGCAUUAUUUCUCUGUUUUGUUGUUGUUUCUAGUCUCUUUUGCUUUGGAUCUAUCAAACUGGGGGUUUAUAAACAGGUGACGAAGCUUCCAAAGGCACAUCAAAAUGACUCUGUGAGAGGACAAGGAAUGCUGAAGAGAAUGGACAAAAUCGAAGCAGACAUCGAUAAACUAUCAAACCUGAAUAAACUUGAAAAAAGAUGUCCUCAGUCAGAGAAGAAAAAGGAGAAGUCAUUGGUAAAGAAACUAUACCCAAAUUCUGCCCUGUUCAAGAAGUGGGGAGAGGAGUUGUCAGAAGAGGAGCAGGUGGAGGCAGAGAGACUGUUUCAGAAAUAUGGCUACAAUGCUUUCCUCAGUGACCGACUGCCACUGAACCGAAAACUCCCUGACACCAGACCAGCCAGAUGUGCACAAAAGAAGUACUCAGAUGAUUUACCCACCAUUAGUGUUGUGAUCAUCUACCUAAACGAAGCAUUUUCAGUCAUCAAGAGGGCAAUUCACAGCAUUAUUGAAAAGACUCCAUCUCGGCUGCUCAAAGAAAUUAUUUUGGUAGAUGAUCAUAGUGAAGACGAGGGCUUGAAAAUAAAACUGAAUGAUUACAUUGACUCAGUAAAUUAUGCAAAUCCAGGCUUGAUAAAGAUGGUUCACCACUCAGAGCAACUGGGCCUUACCCAGGCCAGGCUUUCGGGGUGGAAAGUGUCAAAGGGGGAUGUGGUGGCCAUCCUAGAUGCUCACAUUGAGGUUGCCGUUCAAUGGUAUGCUUGGCGCUUUGUCUGCUGUACAGAGCCCAUAACAGAGGCCGUAGCUGAAGCAGUAACUGAGGCCGUAACCGAAGUAACAGAGGCCGUAACCGAAGUAACAGAGGCUGUAACCGAAGUAACAGAGGUCGUAACCGAAGUAACAGAGGCCGUAACCGAAGUAACAGAGGCCGUAACCGAAGUAACAGAGGCCGUAGCUGAAGCAGUAACAGAGGCCAAAACCGAAGUAACAGAGGCCGUAACCGAAGUAACAGAGGCCAUAGCUGAAGCAGUAACAGAGGCCAAAACCGAAGUAACAGAGGCCAUAGCUGAAGCAGUAACAGAGGCCAAAACCGAAGUAACAGAGGCCAUGACUGAAGUAACAGAGGCCAUAACUGAAGUAACAGAGGCCAUGACUGAAGUAACAGAGGCCAUAACUGAGACCAUAACAGAGGUGAGAAUGGCUCUGUCCAGCCUCAGUGUGGUGUGA